AAGGAAGCGGGGAAGGGGGCGUGCCUGGCCGUUGAGUGGCGUGCCCCGUGUCGGGCAGCGCAUGCGCAGUGCGUUGCUGGGAAUUCAGGUCACGGUGGAAGGAUUGCAGCGGCGGCUGGCUGAAGGGAUUCGCUGUAGUCAGACCGAGUUCGGAGGGAGCGCACCCCGCCGGCUCCGCGAUCACCGCCUCCUGGCUCUCAGCUCGACUAGGCCACAGCCCGGGGCUCGCCUGGCUGCCCUGCCCACGGUGCGGCCUGCUCUGCGGGCAUGAAGUGCUGGGCCUUGUGGGAUUUAAUGAAGAGCUAGUCCCACAGGGAUUGCGGAAGGAGAGAGAGCAGCUUAUAAAAGCACAGAAAAACCUUCUCCUCUGUCUUCGCAGAAGCCUUUACGGGAGCUGUCCUGCAAGAAAAAGGAAUCUCCAUCAUACAUCUUACUCCUGUCACGGGGGUCUCUGCAGACUGACAUGAAGGUUGCCCUAGUAGCCUCCUAGGAGGGAGAAUGGGGACUCAGGGUAGCCCAGUGAAGAGCUAUGACUACCUAUUGAAAUUCCUGCUGGUUGGAGACAGCGACGUGGGGAAGGGAGAAAUCUUAGAGAGUUUACAGGAUGGAGCGUCGGAAUCUCCUUACUCUUACAGUAACGGUAUUGACUACAAAACCACUACCAUCCUGCUAGAUGGCCGACGGGUCAAAUUAGAGCUCUGGGACACCUCUGGCCAAGGCAGGUUCUGCACCAUAUUUCGCUCUUACUCCAGGGGGGCACAGGGCAUUCUAUUAGUCUACGACAUCACCAACAGAUGGUCCUUCGAUGGAAUAGACCGGUGGAUCAAAGAAAUAGACGAGCAUGCUCCUGGAGUACCUCGAAUAUUGGUGGGAAAUAGACUGCAUUUGGCUUUCAAAAGACAAGUCCCCACUGAGCAAGCGCGGGCGUAUGCUGAGAAAAAUGGGAUGACAUUCUUUGAAGUUAGUCCACUCUGCAACUUCAACGUGACUGAAUCUUUCACAGAACUGUCCCGUAUCGUCCUCAUGCGGCACGGAAUGGAAAAAAUAUGGAGGCCAAACAGGGUGUUCAGUCUGCAAGACCUAUGUUGCCGUGCCAUUGUCUCCUGUACCCCUGUGCAUCUUAUUGACAAGCUGCCACUUCCAGUGGCCAUCAAGAGCCAUCUUAAGUCCUUCUCCAUGGCCAACGGCAUGAAUGCGGUUAUGAUGCACGGACGUUCGUACUCUGUGGCCGGGGGUAGUGGUGGAGCCACAGGAAGUGGUGGGGGAAGCAAAGGCAACAGCCUUAAACGCUCAAAGUCAAUACGACCUCCACAGAGUCCACCGCAGAACUGUUCUAGAAGCAACUGUAAAAUAUCUUAGCAUGAGAAUCUGGUGUACGUGAUGCCUUCCAGGGGCACCCACCACUGUAGAGCCAUAGCUUGGAUCAUUUGGAGAGUCCACUUAGCAGCCAACACAUUUUGCAUGGACCUAGACCCAAUUCCUAAAUCUUGCCAACUUGGUAUCCAACGCGAACAAGAGCAGAUAGAACAAUUGGCAUUUCCAUUCCUUACCUUUUUCAAAGGUUCACUUCCAGAGGUGAUCUAGGUCAUCUCCAAACUUCCAUGGGUCCCUACCGCAUGAUGGUCCUACCUAAUGUCUCCUAACCCAAAGGCUGCAUCGAGCACACAGCACAGUGCUAAACUGAAUUCUCCUUCUUUUAUUUAUAUAUCUGUGUAUAUUAUCUAAUGCCUCACCUCGUUUCGUUUUUUUAUAGAUAAAAAUACUGUAUAAUACUCCUUUUUAUUAAUUUGUAAAUAUGAAUUGUUCUCGCAAACCCUCUCUACAAGGGCAUGGGAGGAAUAAGGGAAGAGGCUUUGUCUUCAGGCCUUGAGCACAGUACUUGCUCCCCUGUCAAAGAGAGAAAGGAAAGUAUUUUUUAUAUACUUUCAGGUAGUACGAAGGUUUUCAUUCCCCCCAGUACUGAUCUGAAAUCUGGAGACUUGUUUAACCAAAGCUGGCCAGGCCAGUCAGCUCUAAGUUGGAUUGUUCUUUUAAGAGAGGCUUGCCAACAAAGAUGGCUUGGCUUAUUUGUCCUUCCAGGUUUUCUAGGUCUCCAUCCCACUUGCUUAAAGUCCUUAAUAAGACACUCCCUAUGGGAGCUGUGUACCAACACUAGGCAGAGUAGUGACUGCAGGCCCUGAUUAUCGUGACCUAGAAGGAACAAAAAAAAAAUGUUCUACCUCAGUAUAUAGUUUUUGGUUAAAGCCUCCUACGAUGAUCAGUCAUUGCAAAAUGCAUACAAAUCCCCAGGCUCAUGUGUAGAGUCAACAUCUUUAUUUAUUCUUCACUUUCUCACCUUGCACCUGUGAGCCUUUUA